AUGAGUGAUGAUGACGAUGAUGAUGGUGAUGAUGAUGAUGACGACGAUGAUGAUGAUGAUGGUGGUGGAGCAUGGCGCCAUGUUGAGUUAACGGAAAAGAAAGAUUGCCGCCUUUUCGUUCUUUCUUUCUUUCUUUCUUUCUUUCUUUCUUUUCUUUUUCUUUCUUUCUUUCUUUCUUUCUUUCUUUUCUUUUUCUUUCUUUCUUUCUUUCUUUCUUUCUUUUCUUUUUCUUUUUCUUUCUUUCUGUAUUUCUUUUUCUUUCUUUCUUUUCUUUUUAGAUUCCUAUUAAAUUCGUUAAUUAAUUUUACGUUGCUUCUAAGAAAAUUUUUAUUCUUUGUUCUUCAUUUCCUGGAUUCGUUUUUUUUUUUUCUACGUUCCUUUUUCUUCGCUCCAUCCUUCGUCUUCGCCAUUUGUCUUUCACUCUUCUUUUCAUUCUUGAUAGUUUUUAUAUACAACUACUUUUUUCUGUUUAUCUUUCUUUCUUUCGAAUUAUUCUCGAUUCUUUCUUUGAUUUUUUCUCUAUUUCUCUUUCUAAUUAUUAUCGAUAGUUUGUUUGUUUCUUUCUUUCUUUCCUUCUUUCUUUCUUUGUAA